UCUUCUUAUCUCAGUCCAUUCAGGUGUCACGUUUGGCCUCGCAAAUUCUUCCUGAACCAUGAAGUCCUUCAGCAUUAGAACGCGACUUCUCUCUCUUUCUCUACUCACCUUUCUUCUGUUGACAAUGCAGACUCAUCUCUCUCGUGCCGACGUCGGCACCGCCGCUCACUACAGUCCUCCAUACACACCGACCGCGUGUUUCGGCAAUGAUCCAUCGCAAUUCCCGUCGAGCAACCUCUUUGCAGCGGCAGGUGAAGGGAUAUGGGACAACGGAGCGUCGUGUGGGAGGCAGUACCUAGUGCGGUGCAUCAGUGCCUCCGUCUCCGGAACCUGCAUUCCCAGCCAGACUAUCCAAGUCCGAAUCGUCGACCGAGCGCUAUCCUCGUCUUCACGUCCCUCGAGUAAUGGCGCGACCAUUGUCCUCUCGACAACGGCAUUUGGGACGAUUGCAAAGUCUUCUGCCGCAGCCGUCAAUGUCGAGUAUCAACAGGUUUGAGGGGGACAUAUACACCAUGCACAUUUGAGCGGGUCAACGAGUUCGCCCCUCUUGUGAUUGAGGAAUUAUCUGGAAAA